GGGGAGGACCGCGGUAAGGGGUUAGACGGAAAGUCCCGCCUCAGCGUCUCCAGUGGUCGGUGGUGUUGCCCUUUUCCAGAGAGACGGGAUGGAAGACCAGGACCCCGCUCCGUGAGACUGACCCGGACCACUAAAGUGGGACGCGGUUCUCGAAACAAACUGUCAAGAAAAUGCAAGAACCUCCAAAGAACAUUGAAGAAUUCUUAAAGCUUCAAAACUUGGAUCACUGGCCAAAGGAAAUCCAUUUUGGGGAUAAUGAUAAAUUGUUAUGUACUCUGAAGAAAAUAAAAGAAGAUAGUUCAUUUACUUCAAUUUAUACACAUCUAUGGGGAAAUGUCCCGCGAGUACAUGAUGCGGCCAUGGCCAUGGAGUCAAGAUUAGCAGAGUGUUCAAUUCUUCUGAAAAACCAUGUCUCUGGAAUAUUUGAGUGGAACAGAAUAACUUCCAGGACAAGUUCUCAUGGAAAAUUGGAACAAUAUAAGGAAUUUCUAAGGAAUUACCAUAAGGAAAAGAAGAUAAUGCUUUCAGAUGACAUGGAGACAAAGAAGGAUAUAGAGGGUUGCAACUUCCCAGGAUUCAGAACAAAUGAGCUUACUCAACUACCCAGACAUUUGAAUGCUGAACAGAUUUAUCUUUUUAUUUUAAAAGCCCAUAACUUUGACGGAAAAAUUUUUAAAAUCUGGAAGACUCAUUUCCUCUCAGAAGCCUCUGUUGCUCUUUUGCAUGAUUCCUUUUGGUGGUGGUUUCUCCAUAAAUUUAAGCCUGACAGAGAAAGUCAAGAUUCCUUGUUUGAUAGAAUUUCAGAAAGUUAUGUGUCACUUUUCAUGAGCAUACCUCUAAGUCGAAAGGAUGCAUUCUUUCAGGUGUAUCCUGAUUGUUUGGCACAAGCUAUCUAUGCAACAUUCCAGGAAGCAUUUCCAGAAUCCACUGAUUUCUUUAAUGAUGAAUUUAAAGAAGAUCUAGGGAAUAACAUUUUUCUCUGGUUGUCAGGUUUAAAACCUAAAAAAGACUUUUGGACCCACUGGAAGCUGAACGAACUCUCCACAACAACCAUUCAUGGUAGCAAGAAAACACCUUCAGAAUCUAUAAAGGACAGGAUUGCAAGAAGUCAAGGACGCAUAUCAACUUAUAUAGACUUCAAUAUGACAAAAAUUUUAAAGAAUCCAGAAGGAUAUACAAUGCCUGCAUCCAAGGAAGAAUCAAGAUUAUCAGGACUACCAACAAAGUCCCAUUAUAGCAGUAGUGGCCCAGAGUUUAAGCGUGUUCUCUUCAAUUUUGGAGGUCAGAGUCCACUGAUUUUAUAUUAUCUUAGGAUGCAUGAGCUAGCUGGUAUUUCCAAAGCCUCUAGACAAGUCAAGAUUAAACUCACUGAAAUAUUGAAAGAACCGCCACCUGCUCCAACUUAUUGUGAAAUUCUAAAGGAGGCAAAAAGACAAUUUGCAAACAACCAAAAGGAUUUUAGAAUAGAAAAGCACCUAAUUAAUGAAGAAAUAAAACUCCUAAGACAGCGACAGGAAAAAGUUGACAAGGAGCUUCAUAGGCUCCAAGCAAAGGCUACCAAGAAACCUUACGAAGUUAAGAAUGAUUUUGAGAAUUUCCUACAAAAACUGCGUUCUGAAGCCCGAACUGAGAGAAAACUUCUGGCAUCACUAUCAUCAUCAACAACAGAAGACUUCAACCUUGAGGAAGAAGAAUGCCAAGAGAAACCAGAAAUAAACUGUAUUUAA